AUGGAAUUAGUCGACCUCGAAGUCGAAGAUCAAACGUUCUAUGAUCAGGUUGCGAGAUGCUUCGAGGCCAUCAAAAAGGCGGAAGAUCGGAGCGAACACAUCGGCAGAAUACAGCUCACACUGUUCACACCAAUACGGCGCAUCCACGAGUCAUUUUGCGAUCUCCUCCGGUACCCGAGCUGGCGUGUCCAUCUGCUUUCACCUGAACAACUACCAAAGUUGAACUCUGUGCAAGGACUGAGCAUCUGCAAUGCCGAAAACCCUCGAGGACUGAGGAUCUGCAAUGCCGAAAGUUACUCGGACUUGGCGUAUUCGAAGAUCGACCUGAGAAUGAUAGUACACCUUGCUGCACGAUGUCCUAAUCUGCGAUAUCUCGGCUGCAAGAUAGGGAUCGAUGAGUGGGCAGCUACAGAUGAAGAUUACAGACAUAUAGGCGACAAUAGGAAAGAGUUUGCGAGUGCUGUUUAUAAUACUAAGCUUCCUAGUUCUUUGCGCUAUAUCCAGCUCAACUUCAUGAAUAAGGCUGAAGAUAGGAUGAACGAACAGCGCAAACAGCUACCAGAUCUAGUCUAUCCUGCGCCUUUUGACCUGUUUAGCUUAAGCUUAAGGUUGCUCUCCUACCAGCUUCGGAAGAUGGAGAUACGCGUUAUGGCGGACGAAACCCUCUUCUGGCCUCAUUCGAAUGAUUCACACACAUCUUCAAACUUUUGGCCAAACCUAGAGAGUCUCAAUGCUAUGUUCUCCGUCGCUAUGCCAUCUGGCUCAUGGUAUUUUAAAGGGCCCCUAGGAGAAGGACGUGACACCAAAGGCUAUCGGAUUCGAGACGAGGACAACGGAGAUGGUAGUGUUAUCGAGUGCCUCUGUGGAACUUCUGAGCAAGCUGCUUCCGGAACAAGGAGAAUGUUUCGUGUAACGCCAUUUGAUGAGACCAUCAACCCCUUCCUCGAAGCCUUUGCAAAUGCUGCCGCCAAUAUGCCGAAACUCUGGGAGGCCUUAAUUUGGACGCCCCUGGACUUCUCUCCAGAGGGAACUACUGACAGUGAUGAUGAGCACGAAGAGGUCUCUGAGCAUGGACAACGCUACUUGUCAAGACGGCUCAGCAGCUAUGAUCUCACGGCCAUUUCUCAAUACCCCGACACGGAACUCGCGUGGGGUAUUGCAUAUAUAGCACCCGGAGGAGCACCUUUUGACAUUGGGGAACCGAAUUGCCCUUCUCGUCAGUUUUGGUGGAGAGUUGUCUUGGACGAGGUUUAA